AGUUACGUUGCGAUGGCGACCGUAACAGAGCUGAAAUCAGCACUAAAAGAAACCCUGGAGGCCCGGGGGGUCCUGGGUCAGCUGAAAGCUCGCAUCCGGGCUGAGGUGUUCAAGGCACUUGACGACCAAAGUGAGACUCGGCCUACUCUGUCGCAUGAGAAUCUUCUCAUAAACGAGUUGAUCCGGGAGUAUUUGGAAUUCAACAAAUAUCGAUACACCGCCUCCGUUCUGACUGCAGAGUCUGGCCAGCCUGAGGUGCCCCUGGACAGGCAGUUUAUGGCAAAUGAGCUGAAUGUGGUGGAAGACCCCAGUGCCAGAUCUGUCCCUCUGCUGUACGGGUUGCUGUCUCACUUCCUGAGCAGCGGAGGAGAGAAAGGAGAUAAGCUGUUCCUCAGGAGCUCAGCUGCACCAGCCUCAAGAGAGCACAGCGUGCGUCCGGCGGGUGAGGGCAGCAGGGCAGGUGGCCCAGAACAAGGUCCAGUUGGGAAGAAUAGUGUAGAGCCGCUUGUCCUACAGGGAGGCUACAGAUGACUUAUGUUUACCACAGGGAUGUGCAUGUUACCAGAAGGGGAUCUGAAUGUUUCUGAAUAGCGUUUUCACUUCCACUGUCUGAGGAACCAUUUGCCUUUUGUGUCUUUUACAUCCUGUUUCACUCCAGUAAUGGCAGCAGGGCCACACAAUCAGUGCUUUUUACUUUGAGACUGCUCACUGUUGGUGCACAGUAUGGUUUGUGUGCUUUAGAUAUUGACUUAAAUUCCCAAAAAGAAGCCACCAUUUCACAAAUGUGUCAUUGACACAAUCUUUGUUGCCAUGUUUUGUGUGGUGUACAUACAAUUUGUAUAGCGCACAUUGUAAAUUUUGAUGAUUUUUACCUCAAAAACAUGUCAGGUUCAUAAAACUUCAGUGUUUGGCAGCUGGACUGUACAUGCAACUCUGUAUAAAGAAGGUAGCUGCUUGUUGCUUGUGAAAAUACAUCAGGUUUAGUUGAUUUUUUUUUAAAUGGUAUCUGGAAUGAUUUUUUUCAGGUUAGAAUUAUAAUUUGUAA